AUGCCCGCUAAAAUACGAGAUCUGUUAAAAGAGGUUGGUGAUGAACCUAUUCUUAAAAUUCAACUUGGUCGUAGACCUGUUAAAGAAUUUGCUCUUAACAUACUAGACUAUUUAAGUGAUUCAAAAUUUCUUGAUAAACAAGAUGAACUUGUACUUGUACUUGAAAAAUCAUACCGUAUUGGUCUUAGAUAUCCUAUUAUACCAGAUGAAACAACCGAUGUAUACGAUAUUCCAUUAUCACCAGAUAAGCCAUUAACAUUCAAUCAAUUAAUUACAACAGCUUUGAAUGCUGACAAAAAUUUUUUCGUAUAUGAUGCUGGUGAAAAUAAUAUGUGUCAAACAUUUGUUGAAAAUAUUAUUGAAAGCAAUGGAUUGAUGCCUAACAUUGUUGAUCAAGCAACAUUGGAUGCUCUCAAACCAAUCGAUUCUAAAGAAUUGAUUUCUGCACUAGAAAAUCUAUCUAAAGUUGUUAAACUCGGGACUGAUUUAGCUGCGAAAUUAAGUCGAUUAGUAUUGGAUCAUAAGAUUAAAUUGAGAAAAACUGAAGCAAAAGAAUUUAUUUCAUUGCGCAAUGCCAAAAUGAUUACUUCAAAAAGUACCCAUAAUAUGAACAAAGCGCUUUUUUAA